GAGCUGUACCCAGGGGUUGCCAGUGUACCAGGCCAACCAGGUGUGUUGGGUGGCAGGAUGCCUGGGGUGGAGAGUGGCUCAGGUGGUCUGGCUGAUGACCAGGUGGUCCUGGAGGCCCUGUAGUGUUUCUGCAGCUCCUCAGAACAGACCUACGACCAGUUCCUGUCCUCCUUCACACACGGACUGACUCCAGGUCAGUCUCACAGGCAGUUCACACACCUAAUUUGAAUUGCAAAUUGCCCAUUGUUUUCCAUAAGGAUUUUUUGCAAUUCAAUUGAAAACGGAAUUGACCCCAAGCCUGGUCUCAAAGGCCUGCAGGUUGUGACUUUAGAACAUGAAGAGCUGAUACCUUACAGGCAUAUAUUAAAUUGAUACAAAGAUAGCUGUAUUUUCUCUUCUGACCUUCCCCUCACAGGGAGUGCUGGGAGUGGACACACGACUCUGCCCUCCGGACCCAGUCGUCUCUCUAGGGAGAUGGAGAGGUGGAGGAAUGGAGAAGAGGAUGUGGCGGAAGAGAGGAGAGGACAGCAGAGUGUCUGCGUCCUGCCUGCUGAUCAGGAGGAGGUCAGUGACUCCUGGAUCUGUCUGUCUGUCCUACAGGCUUGACUGACUCAAGGCUUACAGCUAAACCCACCCCUCCAGGCUUCAAUCACUCUGAAGGCUGACUUUAUUACCUCCUCCCCUCCACUCUCCUUCACUUGUCUCAGCCCUUUACUCUCUCUUGUUCUCGUUCUCUUGCUCUUUCUCGUUCUCUUUCUCUUUCUCUCAUUCUCUCUCUCUUUGCAAACCUGCAGUCCUACCUUAUGACAAAACAAACAAACCAUCUGGAGGACUUUGUAGGGGUGUGGGGCAUCGGGGGGGGGGGGGGGGGGGGGGGGGGGCUUGGUUCUAACUUUCUAGGUCCUUUAAAUUAAGUAAAGUUUGUGAUUUUAAUGAUGUAACUAUUGGGCCAAUAAAGGUAUUUAAAAAAAUAAAAUAAAAUGUAUCUCUCUCUCUUUUUCUCUCUGUCGGUCUCCCUUGGUUUAUUUCUGUUCCCUCCAUCUAUUUCAGUGUUUUCCCAUUUUCCUAAACCAAAUUAGUGGAUUGUUUCAGGAGCAGGAAGGUUUACUUCAGAUGUGUACAUUGGAGCAUGAACAGUGCUUAGGACCUCAGGCUAUGCCAGCUAUUGAUUUAACCAUGAUUCUGAUUAAAAGUUCUCUCUGCUGUAAUCAAUACUACACAUCAGGAAGUUACACACUGAAACUGAAACUCUGGGAUAGGAUCCCAUAUUUGGUUUACAAUUAAUUCCACUGGUGAUUAUUUGGAAGAGUUGAGUGAGCACCAGAUCAUAUAGCAUCUGUAGGACUCUUAGAGGCACUCAGCGGUCCAAACACAUUCCUAUAUGUAACUAUGUAACAACUGGAGCCAUAGAGCAACAGGAGUAGAAUGGCCAGGACCCCACAGAGCUGUUAGUGUGUGAUGAGAUCAUAAUGACAGUCAUACUGCUUGAGCAAAAAGCACAGUGCAGUGGUCAUAUACAGUAUGAGUAUCUGGCAGUGAGUAUCUCUUUGUGACUGUGGUUUGGUUGCAGAUGGAGCUGGGUGCUGGAGUGACUGUGGGCAGCUGUGGAAAUGGAGACUGUCGUCCACCAGGCAGAACUCUCAAGGUUGAUAUUGUGGACUAAAGUCAUGUUAUUGUAAUAUCCCAACUGUAUUUUAAAUAUGGGAAUAGAAUGUAAGAUAGUGCAUAUUCUUUGAAAAAUUGCUUGCAAUUUGGUAUGUAUUAUUUAUUUUUUAUCGCUGACACAGGUCACACACAUGGACUCAUGAUGGUCACAUAUUAUAAACGGCUAUAUACUUUGUCUCAACUAUCGAUCAAAAUACAGCUUUAUAACUUGUUUAGUACAGUAGUAUACACAACAUGAAAAGUAAUAAUCACUUUCUCUUGUUUUUUUAUUUGAGAAUUGUUGAUUGAAGAGUAACUCUCCAUUGUUCUCUGUGUAUAGCUGGAUAACUACCUGGAUUUUGGGGACUUCAGUGAGGAGGAAGGAGAUGUAACUGCUGACCCAGGUACAGCGUCUGGUUCUCUAGAACUGAUUUCAGAUCAGUGCAUUGUAGAAGGUGGAAAAUAACUUUCUUGGCACUGUAUAAUGGCAUUCUUGUUUUCAAAAACUAAAACUGUUUAAUUUCUUCUAAAGUCAUCUAAGAGUGUGCAUGGAUCAUCAUUAACAUUAAUUUAUCCUAAUCUUUCCUGAUUACGGUAGAAUUAGAAAGUUAGCGGCUUGCCAUGCAGUAUUGAUAUGAGCCUUUGAGCCCACAAUGCUAUUUCACGGAGAAUGGUUCCAUUAAUCGAAGCUUCUUUGACAGUAAAUUACAGCGCUCCAGAGUUCUUACAUUCUUUUCUCAAAGAAAGGAAAAUCUCCAGUGAAAGUAGAAUAUAUUCUUAAUAAUCCAUGUAAAGAAGGAAACAUGAAGCAGUUUGCCAGUAAGCCUCAGAAGACAUUUAAGAGUUCACCUUGUAAUAGGAUUUAGUUAAUGUCAUGUGCAUAUUAUUUCUGUAAUAAGGCUAGUCAUGCCAUUCGUUUGAAAUACAUUACCAUCUAUUACGCAUUUUCAAUACAUGCAAAUUGUGGCCCGACCCUAUAAUUAGUGUUAAGGGCAAUGGCUCUCUGCUCUGAGGUUUAAUGCUCUCUCUGUCCUCAUUUAGCAACGAGGGAUACAUAGGCCUCAUUCAAACUACAUCUCCAUUCAACUGCAGAGGAUCAGGGCCCUAAUGCCAACCCUGAUGCUGAGCCCAACAGUAACAACCAUACACCUCCACAACAUACUGUGUGUGUGAGGGUGUUUACAAUGGGGUUGCAGCCAGGCCUGGUGUGUGUCCUUCCUAACUGGAUGGGGAAAGUGGAUUGGUAAUAUAAGGAGAGGGUUGACUAAGGGUGUAUCAGUGUCUCAUGCCAAACGGUGUAAAAAUCACUGGGUGGGUGUCAUUGUCACCCUGGCUGCCUGUCCAAGGUGUUGAUGCCCACAAACGUCUGACAGUGAACUCCCACCUUGAUUAGCAUGUACAAAAUAAUUAUCAAUGUGCUGUGUGUAAAAGCAGGUGGAGAGGAGGAGGGGAGUGUUGGGGAAGGCGGUUCUGCUGCGUCUUUCUGACACUGAGCACAUCGUAAUUGCCUUUACGGCAGGAUCGAUGACCGCUCAGCAUCUGAAUGAAUCUGACUGUCAGGGGUGAUGGCUGCGAUGGCUUUUACACUUCUGCUGUGAUGGAUUUUAGUUGCGCCUGAGAACAGCAUAUGUAAGGUUUUGUUUAGUGUAUUAGGAUCCCCAUUAGCUACUGCACAUGCAGAAGCUACUCUUCCCGGGGUCCACAUAAAACGUACUUAUACAUGACAAAGUACAGAACAGUUAUAGACAAGAAUGACAUAAGAUAUUACAUAAAAUAAGUAAUACAUUCAUUUUUGGUACACCCAUCUAGUACUGGGUCGGACCCCCCUUUGCCUCCAGAACAGCCUGAAUUCUUCGGGGAAUGGAUUCUACAAGGUAUGGCGUUCAAACGUUGCUCAAUUGGUAUCAAGGGACCUAACGCGUGCCAGGAAAACAUUCAUCACACCACCGCCACAAGCCUGUACCGUUGACACCAGGCAGAAUAGGGCCAUGGACUCAUGCUGCUUACGCCAAAUCCUGACUCAACAGGAACCGGGAUUCGUCGGACCAGGCAAUGUUUUUCUACUCCUCAAUUGUCCAGUGUUGGUGAUCGCGUGCCCACUGGAAUCGCAUCUUCUGGUUUUUAGCUGAUAGGUGUAGAACCCGGUGUGUUUGUUUGCUGCAAUAGCCCAUCCGUGAUGAGGCCCGAUGAGUUGUGCAUUCCGAGAUGCCGUUCUGCACACCACCGUUGUAUUGCGCUGUUAUUUGCAUGUUUGUAGCCUGCCUGUUAGCUUGUGCGAUUCUUGUCACUCUCCUUCGACUCUCUCAUCAACGAGCUGUUUUCGUCCACAGGACUGCCACUCACUGGAUGUUUUUUGUUUGUCGCACCAUUCUUGGUAAACCCUAGACACUGUCGCGCGUGAAAUGCCCAGAAGGCCGGCCAUUUCUGAAAUGCUGGUACUGGCGCGACUGGCACCGACGAUCAUACAACGCUCAAAGUCGCUUAGGUCACUAGUUUUGCCCAUACUAACGUUCAAUCGAACAGUAACUGAAUGCCUCGAUGCCUGUCUGUCUGCUUUAUAUAGGAAGCCACGUGACUCACUGUCUGUAGGAACAAACCAUUUUCGUGAACGGUGUGGUGUACCUAAUAAUAUGUCCACUGAGUGUAUAUUGGAAAGACACCAGGAGACAACAGAAAAUACUAUUUACACACUAUUCAUAUAUAUUUUAUAUUUGAGAUUCUUCAAAGUAGCCACACUUUGCCUUGAUGACAGCUUUGCACACUCUUGGCAUUCUCUCAACCAGCUUCAUGAGGUAGUCACCUGGAAUGCAUUUCAAUUAACAGGUGUGCCUUCUUAAAAGUUAAUUUGUGUAAUUUCUUUCCUUCUUAAUGCGUUUGAUCCAAUCAGUUGUGUUAUGACAAGGUAUACAGAAAAUAGCCCUAUUUGGUAAAAGACCAAGUCCAUUUUAUGGCAAGAACAACUCAAAUAGGCAAAGAGAAACGACAGUCCAUCAUUACUUUAAGACAUGAAGGUCAGUCAAUCCGGAAAAUUUCAAGAACUUUGAAAGUUUCUUCAAGUGCAGUCGCUAUGAUGAAACUGGCUCUCAUGAGGACCGCCACAGGAAUGGAAGACUCUGCUGCGGAGGAUAAGUUAACUAGAGUUGACUGCACCUCAGAUUGCAUCCCAAAUAAAUGCUUCACAGAUUUCAAGUAACAGACACAUCUCAACAUCAACUGUUCAGAGGAGACUGCGUGAAUCAGGCCUUCAUGGUCGAAUUGCUGCAAAUAAUCCACUACUAAAGGACACCAAUAAGAAGAAGAGACUUGCUUGGGCCAAGUAACAUGAGCAAUGGAAAUUAGACCGGUGGAAAUCUGUCUUUUGGUCUGAUGAGUCCAAAUUUGAGAUUUUUGGUUCCAACUGCCGUGUCUUUGUGAGACGCAGAGUAGGUGAACGGAUGAUCUCUGCAUGUGUGGUUCCCACCGUGAAGUAUAGAGGAGGAGGUGUGGGGUUCUUUGCUGGUGACACUGUCUGUGAUUUAUUUCGAAUUCAAGGCACACUUAACCAGCAUGGCUACCACCGCAUUCUGCAGUGAUAUGCCAUUCCAUCUGGUUUGCGCUUAGUGGGACGAUCAUUUGUUUUUCAAAACACACCUCCAGGCUGUGUAAGGGCUAUUUGACCAAGAAGGAGAGUGAUGGAGUGCUGCAUCAGACGAGCUGGCCUCCACAAUCCCCCGACAUCAACCGAAUUGAGAUGGUUUGGGAUGAGUUGGACCACAGAGUGAAGGAAAAGCAGCCAACGAGUGCUUAGCAUAUGUGGGAACUCCUUCAAGACUGUUGGAAAAGCAUUCCACAUGAAGCUGGUUGAGAGAAUGCCAAGAGUGUGCAAAGCUGUCAUCAAGGCAAAGGGUGGCUACUUUGAAGAAUCUAAAAUCUAAAAUAUAUUUUGAUUUGUUUAACACUUUUUUGGUUACUACAUGAUUCCAUAUGUGUUAUUUCAUAGUUUUGAUGUCUUCACUAUUAUUCUACAAUGUAGAAAAUAGGAAAAAAAUAAAGAAAAACCCUUGAAUGAGUAGGUGUUCUAAAACUUUUGACUGGUACUGUAUGUCGGUUUGAAGUGUGUGCAAAUAUAUUAUACAAGUGGUUAGGCAUUUUCAACAUACACAUGUUUCUUAAAAAGACUAGAAGAGAAGUAGUCAAUUUCUCCUCAACCAUGAAAGACUAUCAUGCAUGCUGUUGAUGUUAGUUCUGUGUGUGCAGUAAAGGGCAAGGCAUGCUGCUUUGUUUUGAGCCAGCGUCAGCUUUGCUAGUUCUUUCUUUGCUACACCUGACCAUAUUAUCGGACAGUAAUCAAGAUGGGACAAGAUCAGAGCAUGAACAACUAGUACAGUUGAUCUUUGUGUCAAAAACGCAGAACAUCUUUUUAAAACAGACAUACCUCUCCCCAUCUUCACAACAACUUUGUCAAUAUGACUUGACCACGAUAACUGACCAUCCAAUGUUACUCCUAGGAGUUCAGCUUCUUCAACUUGUUCAAUGGUCACACCCUUUACUCGCAACUCCGGCUGAGGUUUAGGUCUAAGAGAAUGCUUUGAACCAAAUACAAUGCUUUUAUGUAUUUAAGACCCGUUUAUUUUUUAUUACCCAUUCUGACACUGACUGAAGGUGUCUAUCUCCAAGACAUAACAACCCACCGUAGCUGCGGCCUCCAGGGGAUUUUUGUCUUUAGUUAAAACAUCCUUAGAGAGUACAUCCUAAGUCUCCCGAGUGGCGCAGUGGUCUAAGGCACUGCAUCGCAGUGCUAGCUGUGCCACUAGAGAUCCUGGUUCGAAUCCAGGCUCUGUUGUAGCCGGCGCACAAUUGGCCCAGCGUCAUCCAGGGUAGGGGAGGGAAUGGCCGGCAGGGAUGUAGCUCAGUUGUUAGAGCAUGGCGUUUGCAACGCCAGGGUUGUGGGUUCGAUUCCCAUGAGGGGCCAGUAUGAAGUUUAAAAAAAUAAAAUAAUGUAUGCACUCACUAACUGUAAGUCGCUCUGGAUAAGAGCGUCUGCUAAAUGACUAAAAUGUAAAUGUAAAUGUACUUGUUUACAUACACACUAAUAAUUCGAUAUUAAACAGAUUUUGUCAGUAGCCCGAGUGUGGAAAUAGUCAUGUAAACACCUUACUCUGCUUAUCUUAAUCGGUGUAAGGUCAAAAUCAAAGUAAGCAUACACCGAUUAAAACACCUGGUUUUCUGAGCAAUCUUUCUAAUUAUUAGGACAUCUUAAACAGCUUAAUCGGCGUUCCAGAGGUGUAUUUGAUCUGCGCAUGUGGCAGCACCGGUAGCACAAGCCUCCCUCUUAUGCGUGAGUGACGUGAAAUCGCAAAAACUAAAAGUAUGCAUCUUAGAAAUAGUUGUCAUAUACAAACUUUAUAUGUCCGAACUCAAUCGAAUAGGCUUCGCAAAAAUAACAUGAUCUCUGUGGUAGAACGUUUAUUUUGAUUGUCGAUUUUCUGCAUCGAAAGUCCCAUCAGGUAGCCUGAUUUCACAUGUGCCCAUGUAAACAGGAUUAUUAGGGAAAUUGUUAAUUUUGCAAAGCAUGUAAAUGUUUUAAACUAUUAUAUUAAUCUGACUAUCCACAAUAAUAAUAUUGUGUGCAUGUAUCCGUGCUCAAUGUGUGACUUUCUCAUCUGCACAUACUACACAAGGUGAUGUCCCUUCACCCACUCAUGCUUCGUCUUGCUUCCUCCUUAUCCUCCCUUCUCGUCUCCCUCCACCUCCCCUCCCUUGCUCCGUCCUCCCAUCCCAGUGUGACUUUCACAGUGAGAGUAAUUAGCUGUUUAAUUAGGAUCAACACCGGCCCUGUGGCUGCCAAGCAAAGGAGAAGUGUCAAUAUUUAAUGGUCUCUGCUCCUCUCUAAUUGAUUUAAAUUCCCUUUUAUGAACGCACGGGGACACAUAAUUGUAUACCUACCCUCUCUUCGACAGUUGUCUAGGCCUUUUCAGUCUUAUCGCUCUCCAUCGCCCUGAUGUUUUGGUCAGGGUCCUAUUAUCAGGAGUGUGUUUUGAGUCCUGCUAUUUGAGGCUCCUCUCCCUCUCUCUCUCUCUCUCUCUCUGUGUUCUCUGUGUUCUCUGGAUGUGGGUUACAUUAGCUGGCUGACAGAGAUGAUUACAGCCGACCAAGGCCUUUUAAUACAGAUUAAAUCUCCUCCACCCAUUGAUGUCUUUCAUAUGCCUGCCACCCAACCAUCCCUCACCUGUUGCCUGUGACCCUUUCUCUCGUGCUGCUGUUGAGUCCUCCUGCUGCGUGCUGCACGAUCUGUAUUCUGGAGAAACUGUCAGAGGAAAUAUGGGUUCAUAGUGUGGCUCUGCAUUUUGAUAGAGAUCCGUUUCACUGCAGAGUUACAGCAGGCUUAGUGGGUCCUGUUUGGAUUAGUGUUGUCACGAUACCAGAAUUUUGUUUGAGGGCCGAGUGUCUGCGGGUUUUCGCUCCACCCUUGUACUUGAUUGAUGAAUUAAGGUCACGAAUUAGUAAGGAACUCCCCUCACCUGGUUGUCUUAAAGGAAAAAACAAAAACUGAAUAGUAUAAUUAAGCAAUAAGGCCUGAGGGGGUGUGGUAUAUGGCCAAUAUACCACGGCUAAGGGCUGUUUCCUAGCACGAUGCAACGCGGAGUGCCUGGACACAUCCCUUAGCCGUGGUAUAUUGGCCAUAUAUCACAAACCCCUGAGGUGACUUAUUGCUAUUAUAAACUGUUUAUGAACGUAAUUAGAGCAGUAAAUACCCAUUGGAUACGGUCUGAUAUACCAUGGCUGUCAGCCAAUCAGCAUUCCGGGCUCGAACCACCCAGUUUAUAAUUGAACUUUUUGCCACCAGCUCCUGAUAUCAGGGCAUAAAAACACAAGUCUGUGCACUGAAUUAGCCUAGUCCGCAUGUGCGCCCAGCAAUAUCCUGUCCCACGCUUGUUUUCCCCGGUUUUCCCUGGCUAAACUGGCUGGCUAGCUGAAUGAACUAUGCUAGUUUUCGUCCUCAUUGCCAAACUUCAUAAAUACUGCACCCUCAACUUCAAAACUCCGUUGCUAGUUAUACAAUCAUGUAACUAAGAAAUUCGCUGGAAAUAAAAUUAUUUAUUGUUUUGUUGAAUAGUCAUGACUGAUUCGAGCCAUCGGUGGCGAAGGAUAUCAUUGCUACUUAAUGCGGAUGCAAGUUCAGUUUUGAGAUCCACCGUUAUUGGCGUAGGGUUAGCUGGACGUUUCUGACUGGUCUUGGAACUGUGUCAAUGGGCAGCCUCUCGACGCUUGACUCAAUAGUAUAUUUAGUGAUUUUGCCAACACAGCCAGAUACAGUAUGUACACAGUUUUGUACCCUUAACCUUUUUUAAACUAUUUGUUGAUUUAAUCUGACUUUAUUAGUAUAAUGAGUAAUCCAGGAAUGUCACAAGUUAAUUGACUCAAGAAAAUAGCAACUCUACAGAGCGCCAAUGGCUACAAUGAAUGGCUAAAUGGGUCCACAGGGCUCCUCCUCCUCACCACUCUAUAGAUAAUCUUUGGGAGAGACGGGAGAGAAGACUGAAUAAGUGAAUGAAUAAAGUUUUUGGUGGCAAUCAGCUUUGAAAUCAGCAUAUUUUGCCUUCUGGUUUGCAUACACACAAAGUACAAGGGUAGUGAAUGGAUGUUAGCUUUAGCUGUCAUCUAGCAUGGAAAGUUACCGGUAGCUUCCAGCUUUGUAAGCUAUCUUCUUGCAAUGUAAAGUGUUCUAGCCUUUAUGGACAUUGUUUUGCGAACAGUAAUUAACAGUUUCAACAUUUCUACAUGCCGUGUUGCAUUAUUCAAGUGUGUUAUGAGUAAGUGGAGCAGGCACAGUGCGUGCUAUAAUAAGGGGUCGGCUGCGCAGAUAGACAGGCGUGAUCCCUGAGACACAUUUCACAGAAGUACCGAAAGUAAAAAAAUGUAUAUAGUACCAAACCGUUUUUCAUGUUCUAGUAUCAGAAAAGUACUGACGUUUUGAUAUACCGUACGACACUAGUUUGGAUGUGUCUUACAGGAGGAGCAGAAAGACAGAUUCUCCUGGAGCGUGUUCUGUUGAGAGAAAAUGUUUUGAAAUGGAGUGAAGCAUGUAGGUGCUAAAUUAAAGGAAAACUCCACACAAAAUGACAAUCUUUUCAUUAGUCCACUGUUGAUACAGUCCCAAAAGGGUUUGCAUGUCAGCAGUCAAGUUUUCAAGAUAUUGGACUUUCAAGAAGCAAAGUGACACUUGCCCCAAAAAAUUAUCAUAUGAUGCAAAAUGCAUCAUCAUGAUGUGUCAAGUGACACUUUGGUUCUUGAGUGUCUAAUAUCUUGAAAACCUGACUGCUGACAUGCAAACCAUUUUGGGACUGUAUCCAGACUUGGUGCAUCGGUACCGCUUGCCGUGCGGCAGCAGAGAGAACAGUCUAUGACUUGGGUGGCUAGUUUCUUUUACAAUUUUUAGGGCCUUCCUCUGAUACCGCCUGGUAUAGAGGUCCAGGAUGGCAGGGAGCUUGGCCUCAGUGAUGUACUGGGCCAUACGCACUACCCUCUGUAGCGCCUUGUCCAGAUGGGACAGUGUGGAAUGCAAUAGAGAUUGCGUCAUCUGUGGAUCUGUUGGGACGGUAUGCGAAUUGGAGUGGGUCCAGGUUGUCUGAUGUGAGCCAUGACCAGCCUUUCAAAGCAUUUCAUGGUUACAGUGAGUGCAUUUAGACAAGUUACCUUGGUGCUUUUUGGGCACAGGGACUAUGGUGCUCUGCUUUAAUCAUGUAGGUAUUACAGACUGGGUCAGGGAGAGGUUGAAAAUGUCAGUGAUGACACUUGUCAGCUGGUCAGCGCAUGCUCUGAGUACACGACCUGGUAAUCCCUCUGGCCUUGUGAAUGUUAACCUGUUUAAAGGUCUUACUCACAUCGGCUACGGAGAGCGUGAUCACACAGUCGUCUGGAACUGCUGGUGCUCUCAUGCAUGUUUCAGUGUUGCUAGCCUCGAAGCGAGCAUAGAAGGUAUUUUGUUAUUCUGGUAGGCUUGCGUCACUAGCCACUGGGCUUUGCAGGAGUUGUAUUAGGUUACAGCGUGUAGUGUUUACUGAGGUGAGAACAGGAGGAGGUAAAAUCAUUACUCGUAAAAUGAUAAUUUCUAUGCAUGAUUUCCUAGUGAUACAAUUCAAUUGUGGUGAUGAGCAGCCCUUUCCAACCUACUGGAGUCUGAUUUUAAUUGAACAACGAGUUGCUUCUCAUUUUCUGUAAUUUGAUUGUUACACUUCUGAAUUGUGUUUGAUGAUGGCACAGAACAAAGCCAUUGCGAUAAUCAUUUGCAUAAUGCUGUCCUUACUCUGAUCUUCUGGAAAUAAUACAAUGGCUUACCUCUUCAGGAGACAGACUGACUGAAUCACAGUUAACUACAAUUAACUCACUUUUCAAGGAGUGCCACUUGAAAAGGCCGGCUUCGCUGAGUGAAAACUUAAUGGUCAGUUCAGUCUCACUAUGUGAAUCCUAUUCAAGCCACACUGUGCAUACCAUCAAAGAGGGGUCCUAAUCCUGUGUGAGGUUCUCUCCUUCCGUUUCAAGUGACUGAGGAAGGACAGCUAGAAGCAGAAAGAAGACACUGUUGAGUCCUCAUCCUGUUUGUCUUCUCUCCUCUUCUCUCAGAUGGUGGGGUUCGGGUCCUACCAGGGGAGGUGGAGGAGGACCUCCCUGCCUACCUGCCCUCCUUCUGUCACCUGACCCAGCUGGACCUGACCUCCACAGCCAGGAGGACGGGGACACGGCCGGGGACACGGGGAAUGCAGCAGGACACGCCACCACAUGGACAGGUACGAGGAAGGACAGUCACUAAGCUAUGACAUAAAGACACUAAGAUGAAGAUUACAUUUACCCAUCCCAGGAACAGCUUAGUUGACUCCGCAAUUAGUUGACCAGGAAAAUGGGACUUGCAGUUUGUACAUUUUGUUAGAGAGUUAUGUUAAGCAGUCAUAAGUGUGGUUAUUUCAACCACAGUCCUUCUGUGCUGGCGUCAUGCGAGAGGGGUCUGUCUAUAUACAGUGUAGGGAACUUAAUUUGUGUCUUUGACUUUUCACAGAGUGACAGUGAAGAGGUUUUGCCUUUCAACCUGGAUGAGAACUUUGACUACGACAAUGUUGUGCUGUCUAGGAAACAUCUCCUACCACAGUCCAACGCUGGUGUAUGACCUCUGUGCAGGGACCACUGUCUGGGAGAUCCUUAUGUCAUACCACAUAAAAUUACCCAACUUACCAUCUAACUGGAGUAAUACACCACUCCUGAAAACAGCGUCCUUCCUGUCAUUCCUGCUACUAAGUGGAACAUUAGAACAGAGCAACACCAAAUGGCACAGUUUAUCCAAAUUCUCUCCUCAGGGAAUCAGGAAUAAUCACACUGUUUUGGACCUGAGGGCUGUGAGACUGGUCACUGAUGAACGACGACACACAGGAACAUAGAGGCUUGGCCCACCAGGGAUCACACAGCAGAAAUGCUGUGUAUUUGGGUUUAUGUGUGUAAGAGUUCAUUUGUGUGUAUGUGCGUACGCGUGAGUGAGUGAGUGUGUGCGUGUGUGUGUGU